AUGCGUCCCCUCCAGCAUUUUCCUCGUUUCCUGAAGCGUUACCCUCGUUUACCCCCAUAUCCCCGACGGAACCAAGGCUUCUUGGCCAACCAUCCAGUUAUAUCUACUUUCCUCAUCGCGAUCGGGCUUCUCUCAAUCGUCAAAUUGAUCCUACAGGCCAUCAACAGGCUCGUCAAGGCACGGAUUGGUGCUGCUAGAUAUGGCGCUGGACAAGGUGCUUGGGCGGUGGUCACCAAUGCCACCGACGGGCGCGCCAGAGAAUGCGCCUUCCGCCUCGCCCGUGAGGGCUUCAAUAUCUUGGUAACCGGACGCGACCAGGCCGCGCUGGAUCUACUGCUGUCGGAGAUAAGAUCGACUUGCGGUCCUGAAGCUGCCCCUAUCCAGAUGAAGGCCCUUGUCAUUGAUCAGGUCAGAAUUCGCGAUGACAAUCAAUGGAAGGAUGUCGUCUCUGAGCUUGCCGACCUCGAUAUCGGUGUCCUUGUCCUGCAUGAAGACAAGACAUGCAAGCUGUCGAACGAUAUUUCGACUGUCUCUGAUCAGGUCGUUGAUGACGUACUCACCGCCAAUGUGUUUGCGCCGGCGAAGAUAGCGAAACUGGUUCUUCUCGGUAUGGCUCAAAAGGAACGAGGCCUCAUCUUGAUUAUUGGAUCUGCGAUCAGUACCAGCUGGCUGGCUUCCGUUCGCGCUCGAGGCGUCGACGUGCGCACCCUACGAACCGAGGCCUUGAUGUCGCGCCCUGCUCUUUUGCUCGACAAGCUCGCAAACACGGCACUUAUCGAUCAGGUCCAGUGGAUGACCAACAAGUCGUUCUCUGCAACGAAGUUUGCGUACACGCGGCUUUCUGUGUAUGUGUCCAGGGACAAUACACGACAUCUUGUUGGCAAGGUCUAUCCCACGACGCGGAUCUUAUUUCAAAAUGCGUCGCGCUCGGUUCAAUCAUUUACUAGCAUCGUCAGUGGGAUGCUUUCAAGUGCUGCUGUCACCAGGCCUGUGGGUGCUGGUCCCGCUGCUACUCCUCCUGCAGUGCGUCUGCAAGAUGUUGGUGGUAGCGCAGACCCGAAGAAGACGGACUGAGGUACGGUUUAGGGAGGCGUGUCUGUUCGGUGUAUAAGCCUGCUACGAUAGGGUGAUUCAACCCAGGCUCACGCUAGCUUCUUGCACGAGAGCUAUCCUCUCCCCAUUCCCACUCGAUGUAAUUUUCCAACGUAAUCGGAAGAUUUUAGUCGCCUGUGA